CGGGCGGCGGGAUGGCCUCCCGGGAGAGGCUCUACGAGCUCUGGAUGCUCUACUGCAACAAGAAAGAUCCAGAUUACCUGAAGCUCUGGUUGGAUAGUUUUGUUUCUAGUUAUGAACAGUUUCUGGAUGUGGACUUUGAAAAGCUGCCAACUAGAGUGGAUGACGUUCCUCCAGGAAUAUCGCUGCUUCCCGAUAACAUUCUUCAGGUCUUGAGGCUCCAGCUGCUGCAGUGUGUCCAGAAGAUGUCGGAUGGACUAGAGGAGCAGCAGCAAGCUCUGUCACUCCUGCUUGUGAAGUUCUUUAUCAUCCUUUGCAGAAAUUUGGCUAACGUGGAAGAGAUCGGGAUGUGUUCGUAUAUUAACCAUGUUAUCACCAUGACCACGUUAUACAUUCAGCAGUUAAAAAGCAAAACAAAAGAGAAAGAAAUGGCAGAUCAGACUCCCAUAGAAGAAUUCGUAAGACAUGCAUUGGCUUUUUGUGAAAGUCUCUACGAUCCGUAUCGAAACUGGAGGCAGCGAAUUGCAGGACGUAUCCUUAGCACAGUUGAGAAGAGCAGACAGAAGUAUAAGCCAGCUUCCCUCACAGUUGAGUUUGUCCCAUUCUUUUACCAAUGCUUUCAAGAAAGCGAACAUCUCAAGGAAAGCCUGAAAUGUUGCUUGCUGCAUCUCUUUGGAGCUAUUGUGGCUGGUGGUCAGAGGAAUGCUCUUCAAGCAGUGUCUCCUGCCACCAUGGAAGUUCUGAUGCGUGUUUUAGCAGACUGUGACAACUGGGAUGACAGGAACCCGGAGGAAGUGAGCAGGAAGGCUGAGCUCACUCUGAAGUGCCUGACAGAAGUUGUCCAUAUCCUUCUAACCAGCAGUUCUGACCAGCGGCAGGUGGAGACCAGUACAAUCUUGGAGAAUUAUUUCAAGUUGCUAAAUUCGGACCAUUCUGCGUUACCUAAUGCAAGGCGAUGUAGGCAGUGGGAGAAGAGGUUUAUAGCACUACAGGUCCAAAUGCUGAACACCGUCACAGCCAUGUUAGACUGCACAGAUAGGCCUGUUCUGCAGGCCAUUUUCCUUAACAGUAACUGCUUUGAGCAUCUCAUUCGACUGCUGCAGAACUGCAAGCUGUUUUUAAAUGUUAACAAUAAAGUGGCAGACAAGAGUGAAAAAGACCUUGCCAACAAAUUACUGGCAGAAAUGAAUGAGGACCAGGUGUUUCAGGGGCACCUGGAUUGCUUGGCAGUCUCCACCAUUCAAGCCCUCACAGCAGUAAUGCACAAUUCUCCAGCUGCGAAGGAGGUCUUCAAGGAAAGAAUUGGUUAUGCACACAUAUAUGAGGUACUGAAAUCGCUAGGUCAACCCUCACGGGAGCUGCUGGAAGAGCUCAUGAAUAUGGCUGUUGAAGGUGACCACAUGGCUGUUGGCAUGCUGGGCAUUAGCAACGUGCAGCCCUUAUUACUGCUUAUCCAGUGGCUUCCAGAGCUCGAGUCCCAUGAUCUGCAGAUCUUCAUCUCAAGCUGGCUGAGGCGAAUCUGCUCCAUUAACAGGCAGAGUCGAGCCACAUGUGUCAAUGCAAACAUGGUCAUACGUAUCAUUGAGACAUUGAAUUCCCACUCUGCCCUCCACAGCUCUUGUGCAGAAAAUCUAAUUGCCCUUCUGGGCUCUUUGGGGAGCCAGUCCAUGAGCUCAGAAGAACUGUUCCGACUCAUACGGCUCCUGAGGACCGAGGAACCCAAGCAGGCCCACCCUUACGUCGUGCCAGUGAUGCGAGCCAUCCUAGCGAUGGCUCGGAAGCAGGGCAUGGCCAGUGCCCUGCAGUACUUCAACCUGAACCACAGUAUGGCAGGAAUUGCUGUUCCAUCCAUUCAUAAGUGGCCAGGCUCUGCCUUUUCUUUCAAUGCUUGGCUCUGCCUUGACCAGGACCAAGUGACCCCUAGCAUGACUAGCAAAAAUAGCAAGAGGAAGCAACUCUAUAGCUUUUUUACAGGAAGUGGUAUGGGUUUUGAAGCCUUCAUUACGUGCUCUGGAGUAUUGGUGGUUGCGGUUUGCACAAAGAGGGAGUAUGCAACAGUGAUGCUGCCUGACCAUUGCUUUUGUGACUCCCUCUGGCACAACAUAACUAUUGUUCACAUGCCUGGGAAGAGGCCCUUUGGUCAGAGCCUUGUUUACAUCUAUGUCAAUGGUCAACAGAAGGUCUCUGCCCCACUUCGGUUUCCUGCUAUGAAUGAACCUUUUACUUCUUGCUGCAUUGGUUCAGCUGGACAAAGAACAACAACUCCUCCUCCAUCCCAGAUACCAGACCCACCUUUUUCCUCUCCCGUUAUGCCGCAUCGUACAUCCCUCGGAGGCAUCCUCUCGACAGGAGGCUGGAGUGGGGUCCUGGCAAAACCAGAACUUGUCACCAAGAUGAUCUCAGCAGGGACUCAAGAUAGUGAAUGGGGUUGUCCAACAUCUCUGGAGGGCCAGCUUGGAUCAGUGAUCAUCUUCCAUGAAGCACUGCAGCCCCAUCAGGUGAAAGCAUUGUAUUUGGCAGGUCCAAACUGUUUAACUCCAUGGAAAUCUCAAGAGUCUGAAGUAGCAGAUCUCCCCAGUAAGGUGCUGCUUCAUUAUACACCAAAGGCCUGCAGAAACCCAAUUUGUCUUGACCUUUCUGCGAAUCUUUUACAUGGAAGACUAACUGGAAACAAAGUAGUGAACUGGGACAUCAAGGAUAUGAUCAACUGCAUUGGUGGAAUAAACGUGCUCUUUCCGCUUCUGGAGCAGAUCAGCUUUCUUGGUGGGCGAAUGCCUCAAAAGUCUGAAGGGGAAACGCUAUCCUCAGAACUAGUUACCCCUGUAGAGGGAGACUGGGUAGUAUUGUCAUCCACAAAGGCAUCAGAGGCUCGUUUGGAGAAGAAUAUUGUUGCAACUUUCAUCUUGAUGAUGAAACACUUUAUUCAAAGACACCCUGUUAAUCAAGAAAACCUCAUUCACUCCCAUGGAGUUGCUACCCUAGGAGCCUUGUUACAGAAGGUGCCAAGAAACUUGAUGGAUGUGAAUGUACUGAUGGCUGUACAGUUGUUGAUAGAGCAGGUCUCAGUAGAAAAGAAUAUGCAGCUUUUGCAACAGAUGUAUCACCACUUACUGUUUGACUUCAGCAUCUGGAACAGUGGGGACUUCCCUUACAGAAUUGGGCAUAUACAGUAUCUUUCCACUAUCAUCAAAGACAGCAGAAGGCUCUUCAGAAAGAAGUAUGGUGUGCAGUUUCUUCUCGACACACUCAGAAUGUAUUACGGAAGUGGCUGUAAAGACAGUGACUUGGCUCCUGAUGACUUGAGAACAAUAAGGACAUCCCUUUACGGACUGAUCAAAUAUUUCCUGAGCAAAGGUGGAACACAUGAAGAAAUACAGAGCAUCAUAGCAUAUAUUGCUGCCACCAGUGAAGAGGAACAGCUCUUUGGAAUUCUGGAUGUUCUCUACAACUUGCUUCAUUCCAGCCCAACCCCAGACCAACUUUUCUUACUGCUUUUUGAACCAGGAAAUGCUGAUAUUCUUUAUGCUUUAUUAUUGCAUCAAAAAUAUUCUGACAGGCUGAGAGAACUUGUGUUCAAGAUUUUGGAAGAGAUGUUGAAAUGUACCAAAGUAUAUGAACGGAGUAAGCAGCGCAUGAGACUCAGAGAAGUGGGAUACUCUGGACUGGGGCUUCUUCUGAAUGAAUCACCAGUUUCUGUUUCUUUCAUUAAAAAUCUUCUUAACCAGAUUCUUUGCACAGACCCUGUUGUGAACUAUAAAGACCUUAUUGCUGUAGUGCAUCUGGCUCACAGAUCUGACAUAAAUGUCAGAGUGGCUAUCUGUAGAAAGGUUCUACACCUUUUGCAUUCCCAACCAGAUGCAGCACAACAGAUUUCUCAGCAGCUGGGGUGGCAGGACACUUUGGUUAGACUAUUUCUGAAAGAAAACUCUGUCCGAAUUGGCCUUAAGAGUAGCAGGACUGAUUCUUUAAGGGAAGAGGAAAGAAAACUUCCUGCUGAAGAGCUUCAGAAGCAUUAUGCUGCUAAGACAGAGGGAGACAAAGUUGAUAGCUUUACGCCUGUUAAUGGUUUGUUUGAGCAGUGGAGCUUGGAAGACAGCAAGUCCAUGGAUGUUCCUGCUCACUUCUCUGUUACACCGCUGGAAGAUGCCGCCGCAGCAGAGAUGUCUUUUAGGUCAGAGGCACAAGAAGAGUUAUGGCACAGCAAUCCUUCCCACCUGAGUUUAGAUUUGUCCAGUGUUGACUCUUAUGAACUGGCUGACAUGGGGAAUCAGAUGACAGAUAGCCUGCCCAGCACACCAUCACCUGUAGAGAACACAAAAUCCUUCUCUGGGCAGCCUGACAAGGAGCUAGGCAUCAUAAAUGAUGUGGGUUUCACCACUGAUCUGUCAUUAUUUGAAAACCAAGGAGGGUGUGAUAAUGAACUGAUACAGUUACUUACAGACAUCCUGCUGUGUAUAAUGUGGAAAGGCCUUGAAAGGUCUGAUGAUUCUGCUUGGAUUGAGAGAGGACAGGUGUUUUCUGCACUGACCAAACUGGGAAUUGCUAAUGAAUUGCUGCAACCUUCUGAUGAAAUAAAGCUCAACUUGCUGGAGAAGAUGUUAGAAUGGUCGGUCACUGAUAAUAGAGAUUCAAAAGCUCUCCCUACACACGCUGAAAAUGCCUUCCGUCUCCUGUUAAUUGUACAAGAUUUCCUUCAGGCAGAAGGACUAGUUAAUUCAAGUUUAUGGACAGAAAAGCUCUUGGAAGAACUAGUAACUCUUAUGGAUUGUCUGUCCAUCUGGUACUCUGCUGGCCCAGAAGCAAUCAGACUUUCACAGGUCCAAGUUCAGUUGCUCCUUGGAUUCAUUGCACAAGAUAAUUUACAGGUUUGUGCUAUGGCAGCAGCCAAACUAAACACCCUCCUUCAGACCAAGGUAAUUGAGAGCCAGCCUGAAGCAUGCUACCUCCUGGGGAAGCUGGAAGGCAUCCUGAGUAGAUCAAUUGAAGAGAAGACAGAAACAUACUCAUUUCUGAUUCCUCUUGUUCGAACACUUGUAUCCAAAAUUUACGAACUUCUCUUCAUGAACCUGCAUCUCCCUUCAUUGCCUCCUACUAAUGGCAGCCCCUCUUUCUUUGAGGACUUUCAAGAGUAUUGCAGGUCAAAUGAGUGGCAAGUUUAUAUUGACAAAUAUAUUAUUCCAAACAUGAAGCAAUAUGAAGACAAUUCAUUCAGAGAUUGUCAUGAGCAUAUGGCACUUUACUGGAAAGAUUGUUAUGAAGCAUUCAUGGUGAACAUGCACAGGCGAGACCGGGAGAGAGGAGAAAGCAAGCUCAAAUUUCAGGAGUCUUUUGUGGACCCAUUCAGCAGGAAGGCUCUCCAGGAAAGUUUGCGGUACAACAAUAUGCUAAAGCAACUUAGUAGUCAACACACAGCUACUCUGAGGCAGUGGAGAGCAGCCCAGCUUUACUUGCUCUCUGAACGUGGUCCUUGGUCUGAAAAGAAACAGCAUCCUAUUCACUGGAAACUUUCAAAUGUGGAAAAUUAUUCACGUAUGAGGCUAAAACUAGUGCAAAAUUACAACUUCAACUCCCAUCAGGAUGCUAGUGAUCUGAGAGACAAUUUAGGUGUGCACCAGACACAGCCUUCCAGUGAGUCUCUGCUUCUUGAGGUGGUGAAGCAGGUGAAAGUGAGUGACUUGGAAGAUGAUGUCCUUGAACUGCCAGAGGAAGAUGCAGCCGUCAGUGUCAGUAUGGAGGAGAAGGAGGAGCAAAGCCAGAAAGAAAAACUAGUAUUGUCUGAAGACUGUGAACUCAUUACAGUAAUUGAUGUGAUACCCGGCAGGCUGGAGAUCACUACCCAGCACAUCUAUUUCUUUGAUGGCAGCAUUGAAAAGGAGGAAGGUCUAGGUUUUGAUUUCAAAUGGCAGCUUUCACAAAUUCGAGAGAUACAUCUACGUCGAUACAACCUGAGGAGGUCAGCCUUGGAGAUCUUCCUUACAGAUCAGACCAACUAUUUCCUUAACUUCAAUAAGGAGGUGAGAAACAAAGUUUACAGUCGAAUUUUGUCACUACGUUCUCCAAAUGUUUCUGGUACAAGAUCUCCGCAGGAACUCUUCAAAGCUUCAGGUUUGAUGCAGAAAUGGGUGAAUAGAGAAAUAUCCAACUUUGACUAUCUUAUUCAGCUGAACACAAUGGCGGGACGAACUUACAAUGAUCUUGCUCAAUAUCCUGUGUUCCCCUGGAUUUUGCGAGAUUAUACUUCAGAAGAACUGGACCUGAACAAUCCUGCUGUUUUUAGAGAUCUGUCCAAACCCAUUGGGGUGGUAAAUGAAAAGAACGCUAAGGCUGUGAAAGAGAAGUACGAGAAUUUUGAGGAUCCGCUAGGGAUAAUUGACAAGUUUCAUUAUGGAACGCAUUACUCGAACGCUGCUGGUGUCAUGCAUUACCUCAUUCGGGUAGAACCUUUCACAACCCUUCACAUCCAGCUUCAGAGUGGCAGGUUUGACUGUGCAGAUCGCCAGUUCCAUUCCAUUCCUGCUACCUGGCAGGCGCUCAUGGACAACCCCAAUGAUGUCAAGGAACUUAUACCAGAGUUCUUCUACUUCCCGGAGUUCCUUGAGAAUCAGAAUGGUUUUAACCUGGGUCAGCUUCAAAUGUCCAAGGAGGUGGUAAAUGAUGUUGUUCUCCCAAAAUGGGCCCACUCCCCAGAAGACUUCAUUUGUAAACACAGGAAGGCUCUGGAAUCGGAGUAUGUUUCUGCUCAUCUGCAUGAGUGGAUAGACUUGAUUUUUGGCUACAAGCAGAGGGGCCCAGCUGCAGUGGAGGCGCUCAAUGUCUUCUAUUACUGUACUUAUGAAGGAGCUGUGGAUUUGGAUGCUUUAACGGAUGAGAAAGAAAGGAAAGCUUUAGAAGGGAUGAUAAAUAAUUUUGGACAAACUCCCUGUCAGCUGCUAAAGGAGCCGCAUCCUCCAAGACUAUCUGCAGAAGAGGUAGUGCAGAGACUGGCCAGAAGUGAUACCUCUACUCUGAAUCUCUUCCAUCACCUCACUGAACUGAAGUCCUUCUUUAUAGAGGGUAUCAGUGAUGGUGUUCCCAUUGUCAAAGCAGUUGUUCCGAGGAAUCAGUCACGUUCUUUUAUGUCUCAGGGAAGCCCAGAGAUCCUGGUAACAACAAGCCUGAAUUGCCUUAUUGGAACCCACGGUUGGCUGCCUUAUGACAAAAAUAUCUCCAACUAUUUUACAUUCAUCAGAGAUGCCACAGUGACAAAUCCAAAAACCCAGCGCAACAUAGGUGGUCCUUUUGCACCAGGACUGGAGAUCACCUCUAAGUUGUUUGCAGUAUCCCAUGAUGCAAAAUUGCUGUUUAGUGGAGGACACUGGGAUAAUAGCAUCAGAGUAACAUCUCUUACAAAAGGCAAACUGGUUGGGCAGCACAUCAGGCACAUGGAUAUCGUGACCUGCUUGGCAAUAGAUUACUGUGGCAUUCAUCUAAUUUCAGGCUCCAGAGAUACUACCUGCAUGAUAUGGCAAAUAGUUCAGCAGGGAGGAGUGCCUGUGGGCCUGGCACCCAAGCCCUUACAGAUCCUUUAUGGGCACACUGAUGAAGUCUCGAGUGUUGGCAUCAGCACUGAGCUGGACAUGGCGGUGUCAGGAUCCAAGGAUGGGACAGUUAUUAUCCGCACUGUUCGGAAAGGUCAGUACGUGAGGACUCUGCGGCCACCCUGUGAGAGUUCUCUCCUGCUGAAUGUUCCCAACCUGGCUGUGUCUUGGGAAGGUCAUAUAGUUGUCCACACCAGCAUAGAAGGAAAGACCACUCUUAAGGAUAAGAAUGCCUUACAUCUGUUCUCUGUCAAUGGGAAGUAUCUGUGUUCUGAGACUCUGAAGGAGGAAGUAUCUGAUCUGUGUGUGACUGGUGAGCAUAUUGUGAUGGGCAGCUUGCAGGGAUUCCUUUCCAUACGUGAUCUCUACAGCCUGAAUCUCAUCAUCUCCCCCUUAGCCAUGCGGCUACCAAUUCAUUGCAUUUCUGUCACCAAAGAGUAUAGCCACAUCCUUGUUGGCUUGGAGGAUGGCAAGUUGAUUAUCGUUGGUGUUGGCAAACCAGCAGAGAUGCGCUCAGGUCAGCUUUCCCGAAAGCUGUGGGGAUCAAGCAAGCGGCUCAGCCAGAUCUCAUCAGGAGAGACUGAAUAUAACACUCAAGAUCCCAAGUGACUGCUGCUUCCACCUCAUGGAUUCCAGAAAAAUGUUUAAUCUUGCUGUCACUUUGAGCAUAUCUCCAACUUUCAGGGGGUUUGAUUCUUAACAAUCUGUUGAAGAUGAAGCUAUGGUAGAGGUAUAGUAAUUGUCAUGCAUACCCGUGCAAGUUAACUUGCUUGCAUGUUUAGUCUUGUUGAGUUGGGCACAGCAGAAUCCUCUCUAAAUAGCUGCUAAAACAGUGUUUCAGGGAAACAAACCAAAUACCCCAAACCUCCAAACUUAAACUUGCUAAUCUGAUUUAAGAUGAGUAGCAUUUGAUUUAAAACUGCUUAAGACCUGAUGCUCCUUAAUCACAAGGAAGAAAUUUGGCUUUGCUUUGACAACAUUGCAUUUCCCCAACAGUAAACUAAGAUUUGAUCAGUUGUGCUGAUUUGAAAUGGGGACAGCUGACAUGACCUUUUUAAUAUAUAUAUAUGUUUUUUCUUUUCUUUUUUCUUUUUUUUAAGACCAAUCCACUUGUGACUUAUUCCUUUAUUCCUGUAAAUGGCUACUGCUGUCUUUUUUUGUCUAGUUCUAGAUUUAGGCUGUUCUGCAAGGAGCAUCUGUGUUGCACUACUUGAUCAGAAAAUGAAAAACUUCAGAGGAGUUGAAGGAGGUGGGAAAUACUUGCUGCUGAAAAUUAUUUAUAUUAAGUAGACUAAGACACUAAGAAACCCUUUAAUGUAUUUUAGGAUACUGUAGAAAUAAGAAAUACAAAGGAAAUAAUCGAGUAUCCAUGUUGGUUAAAGAUUCUGUUUUAUUAGUAAGGCAACUUUUGCAAAAAAAAGCUAACAUUUCCACUUGAACAACAUUGCAGCCACUUCAAAGAGCACCUGGUUAUUUCUUUGGUUGGAAUUCACCAAACUAGUAGUUAGCUAUAUUUCUGUCUCUGGAAAGCAAGCAGGAAAACAGAUCCACCAGCAAUGUAUGUUAAAUGCCUGAAAGAAGAAAAUACCGGAUCCUUGCAUGUACUCUACACAGCAGAGUGGUUGGAGUAGGGACUGGAUGCUGUGCUUGGAGAAGACGAUGAGUGGUUUUGUUUUAGAGAUAUGUGAUGCUAGGAGAGUGCAUGUUUUCCUGUUCUGGCAUUCUUGUGAAGUAAAUGUUAAUGUUUGAACUAAGUCCUCUAUUGUUGGGAAGGUCUGGUGCUAAAGGGAAUAUUUUGUAUCAAAGUGUGAGGUUUUGUGUGUGUGUGUAUAUGUAUUUAUAUGUAUGUAUGUGUACUGAAAGAGGAUACUAUUCCCCUUGCAUCUUCUGGGAUAAGGGGAGUAUAAGGCAGAGCUAUAAGUGAUGUUUCCUUUGGACUACCCAUUUCUCCCUUCUGCCAUUGCUUUUUUGAGUUUUAUUUAUUUAUGGAAAUGACUGUGCAUUGUAUUUUCUGUAAAUGUUAUCAGAUAUUUCCAGUGGCUGGGGAGCUGUUGAACUACCUGAAGAAUUCCAUUGUGCAUAAUCUCGUUUCGUUGACUUUUAACACAAUAUUUAUGAAGUCUGCAGGAAAAGUAAUACCUCUGCCCCUCAGCCCCUUCAGGGUAAUCUGAGAACUGUUAGACCAUUACACCCUUCUCCACAGUUUCUUUAAUUACAAAAAAGUUCUUCUUAACGAUGGUGUAUUCUGUUUAGGGAAAAAAAGUUCUUUCCGAACUUUUGGAAAUGAAAUGAACUAGAUCAGUGAGCAAGUGAGUCUGUUCCUGGUUGCAAUAUUUUUAACUAGUCCCUUUCACUGACUGGAUCAUCUGGAAAGUUAGGAGAACAUUAGGAGCAUUUCCUGGAGGCAUGUGUCAAGACAACUUGUAAUUUCCAAAAAAUUUAGUGGUGUGUUUUUCAGACUCUGCACACACAUACACAUGUAUUCUGUGCUUUCAAAUAAACUGUAAAAAAUUAAGGGCCUAAAUGAAAAAUACCAACUACUUAUAAUUGAUUAUUUAUCCAAUGCCGGUACUAAGGAUAUGCUGAUGUGUUAAGUGUGUGUGUAAAUGUGCAGUAGGUUUGAGCUUUAUGUUCAAAGGGGUUUCUAAGAAGCUUUUUGGAGAGCACUACAGAAAGGUUCCAGAUCUGACUGGCUGAUUGUUGUGAAAUGGGAAGUCAAAAAAUGAACUUGUUGGGACAUUGAGCUAUGACUUUUUAAGUGUGCGUAUAUAUGUACCAUUUUCAGUGCAUACAUGAGGUUAAGUGUGUAUAUUGGCAGGGGAAAUUAGGAUGUUUCAGGCCAGGAGAAUCAAGUGUAAAAAAAGGAGGAGAUAAGUAUUUAGUUGUGUUUGGCCAAAACGUGGGUUUUGUGAUGUCAGGAACAUAGAGAGGUUCUCAUAUGAGUUCAAGAACCUGUUGUGUUUUAGGUAUGCUUAUACAAAGAUGGAAAUAAUGAAUGUGUUUAAUAUUCAAGAAUACUGAAUACACUGUGUCAGCUUAAAAUAUAGUAUAGUUGCAAUAAUCAGGAUGCCAGUGUUUAUGAAGUGCUUUGAUGUUUGAAUGUCAUCGUUUUGGUGCUUCACAGGUGUUAGGUGAUAUGUGCAGGUAUCUGGGAAUGGUUUAAAUGGGAGCAGUUCUUGAGCUCUUGGGCUUGAGACUGGUUUGUGCCCAGCAGCAGCUGCAGGAGGGAGGGACAGCUGAGCUCAGAGCUGCUUCGUGGUCUGUGCAGGAUGGCAGCAUCUGGUGACGUUUAUCUCUUGCAAUUGAGGAUGAAGAGUAGGUGCUGGCACACACUCGAGCACCUUCCAGAGUGCCUCUAGCAAGACCCCUGUGGGUUUGAAGGUGUGCACUUUGCCUUUAUAAAACCUGCUUUCAGUAAGAUAUAGGCAGUUAAGUGCAAGUGUUCAUUGUUAUUUUGCUUAAUUCUAUUUUAACUUAUUUUUUUGCACGUCAUCUUGAGGUUUUGCCUUUUUUUCCCCCCUGAAUGAAGAAACUUCUUCUUUUAGAGUUUAGGUUGAUUGAGUUCUAGUUUGUUAUGCAGUGCACUAAGAAUUGGUGAAGAGACUUCUUCCUUCUACUCAAUGUAAUAAAGCUGAAGAUCCCACCACAUUCUGUUCUUCAUAGAGAACAACACAUAUUAGUAAAGUAAUUCAUGUUUGCCUUUGAGCUAAGAUUUAUUUAAGUGUGAGUAAAGCUGUGAGAUUAAAUGAUUCUGAUCAAGUCAGAAUAAACAAGUCUUAAGUGCAAAGCUGGUUCAUAAUGCUGCAUUAGUCAAGACCACCAUGCUGGAUUAUCUUGCAUUUAAUCUUAUGAACACCUAUAAUAUUUAUUAAAGCUGAAAAUAUGCCUUCUUUGACACUAAGUAACAGUGUAAAUAUAUAUCUGAAAGAAACUGAAAAUUGAAUUUCUUUACAUAUCUGUAUAUAAACUAGAUGAAGCAGUUAGGUAUAUUGACUGGCACAGUUAGAACUUGCAUACCAAAGGAUGAUGCUUAGAAGUCGUCAUUCCUUUAAUUCAAAUAUAAUGUAUGUCAAACUUCUCUUCAUCUUUAGUUAUGCUUGGUGGUAUUUUUUAGUGGUUGUUUACUGAUAAUCAAUCUCACCUAGUCUGUAUGGUUUGUGUAGGGGAGCAGCAUUCAGAAAGUUAAAUGUUUGCUCUUCAAGUUGGCAUCUGAAUUACAUGACUUAUACUGUAUCAAUCUGUUAUCUAAUAGGGUAUCUAGAAAUUGUCUUCCAUCAUCUACAUACCUUAUUAACACCAGCACAAAAUAGUAAUAAUCCAAAUCAUAAAGACAAACAGUAUUUCUCUCAUUGGUUACUGCAUAUUCUGGGAAUUGCAUUUUAGGAAGCUUGUUUGUUUUAAAUACACUACAGAUUGUUUUGAAUUUGGCAACCUUCAUACAAGCAAGUUCCCUCUCCACCCCCAACUUACCUUAGAUUGUAUGUGCUACUGCAAAACUGAUGUAUCAUUGUCUCUACAGGCUUUAGUCUAUAGAAUAGACCAUUUUAUAAAGAUUAUCUUUAAAAAUGUUUUUUUUGUCCUUAAAAUGAAGUGAAAAGAGCUAUGCUCCUGCAUUGUGUCAUUGUACAAGUCCUUUAUGGUACUGGUAGUGGUCCUACAUCAGUUUGUUUUAAGAUGCCUGCAGAAAUGAAUUUAUUUUUUUAAUACACAGCAGCUGCUCACUCCCACCUGGCUUGGUGGGAGCUCUGUAGCCGAUGGUCCUAGACCUCCUUCCUCACUUCCCUUCCAAGUCCUUUCUGGUCAUUUUUGUUAUGUCAUAUUGGAUAAAGAAGAUAAGGCAACCAGUCACUGAACAUCUGUACUGUUUAUUCCUUGUAUUUAAUUGAAAGUGUGUAACUAUAGAUUACAGUAUGGUGGGAGCUCUAAAGUUGGGGAGAGAAGGUGCCUGUUCCCACCAGCUUCCCUGAAUGCCUGAACUGAGUCUUGCUGGAGGCUGCUCGCUGUAUGGUCCCCUGAUGGCACCUCUUCCAUGGGUAAGGGCACCUUGCUGGCUGGGUGAGGGACAAAGGCUGGAGAAUGUGAAUAUAUAUUGUUUUCUUUCAAAUAAUUAAAAUCUCAGAUAUAUAUUCUUAUGUGAACCUAAGGUCUGACCUAAUAAAUCCUCUUAGAUGAAAGCACUAAGGAGAUAUUUAACUUUGAGAAUUCAAGCAUGUGGCUGAGUUCUUUCUAGAACGGCUCAUGCUUUUUGGUUGAAAAGCCCUGUAGCUUUUGGGGUAAAUGUGUGAUAUGUGUUAGUAGUGGCCAGGUGCUUGUGGAAGUUAUGCCAAGAACUUCAGUACAGACGCACACUAUCUCUGGGCUAGCUAUCGGCAUGUGUUAGCAAAGCCUCCACAGAGCAAAUAUUAUAGAUGAAUAAAGAAAGGCUUCUCAGAUGGCAUAUGCCACAAAGUGCUACUCUUUUGCAGACUAUUUUUAAUUGAUUUUGUUGAGUGUGAAGGUUGAAUUUGGGGAGCGCAAAGUCAUAGUGGUGCUGUAGCCAGACAGUGACAGCCUGCAAGUACAAGGGUGUUAGUGAAAAGGGUGACCAGUAAUGGAUUGUAUUCAUUUACAUUGCUUUAAAAUUGUGUACAUUUAUUUGUUUGGGAUUGCAGAGAAUCGGGCAGUGGUGCAAGAUACAUUGCCUCUUUUGGGGGAAGUAAUAGUGUUUUUGUAGUCGUAUACGUGUGUUUCUUUGUGCCAAUGUCAGACUUGACUGAAGUGUUAAGAAGAUGUAUCCCCUUCCAUCUUGAGAAGCUAAAUUCAUCUAUCUCUAAUACCGUUGUUAGCACAUACUAAACGAGAUCUUUUUAAAAAGCUACUGCAGUUGAUAGCUCAUCCCCUACUUCAUAGUUAACAGAUACCUGAGUGCAGAAAUGCCUCACAUGGCAGCAUAGCCUGCUCUGCACAGGUUACUUUUGAGUCGAGUGCUAUUUUUACUGCUGCCAGAAGCCAGGCCUACCAUCUUAAACAGUGUGUCUGUAGGGAACCAUUUCUAGUGUUUAAUUAGAAAUAUCAUUUGUGCAAUUUUAGUUCCUCUCCUUUUGCUCUGCAUGUCUGGAAGAAAAAUUGUAUUUUUUGUCUUUUAAUUACUAUUUACCCAAAUGGCCCAAGUAGAAUAGCUGUUUCAUUGGGUUUUGCAGAAGAGAGUUCUUCAAGCUGUGUGUGUUCUUUGCGGGGAAAACUUGGCAAGUGUUUCCUGAGUUUAGAUCUGUGAUUAGACUCAACGCAAACAAUUUCCUAACACACCUUCUCUCCUAGAAGCACCUAGAUUAUGGUUUAAAGCUGCUAAGGUGUCUUGAUGUACACAAAACAUCCAGCCAUAUUUAUAAUAGGUCUAACUUAGAGGGCACUCAUUUAACUUAUCUAUUCAGUAUUUACUCUUGAGGGAGCCAUAUUUUUUUGCCUCAGAACAGCUAUUUAAAAUACAUUUACUCAUGUACCCAACCAUACUGCUUUAGUCCUAAGUAGCUGGGAGCUGUUACUUAAAGAAAGCCAUGAGAAAAAUAUUUCAAGGACAACUUGCUAUGUGUGUUCCAAUUCAGCUCUUAGCUAUAUAGAAGCAGCCUCAACUAAGAAUGGAGAAAAUGCUGCUUUAAAGAAUUAUCUCCCUUUGGUCAGGCUUUUGUUGGAAACUGCUGCUACUUGGUGUUCUUGGUGAAGUUGGGUGAGACACUUGAACUUGCUUCAGCAUUUGUUUAAAUUACUCAAGCUUAAUGGGGGUGAGGGAAAUGAAGGCCUUACUUAUAGCAACAUUUAAUCAUAUCCUCUGGUAACUUUUACAAAUUGUGCAGUUGUGAUUACAAAUGGAUUUCUAAAUGCCAAAAAUGCCUUUCUUUAAAGAGAGUUAAAUGUUAGGUCUGAGGAGUGGUGAGUAUAUCUAAUUUCAAAGAUAAGCCUUCAGGCACUGUAAUGAACCUGUUAGUCUUCUGUGCAAUAUCUUUUUCCCUUCUGGGUGCUUUAAG